AUGGAUAGGGAUCCUAACUCAAUGUCAUUUGAGAAAAUAUUGAAGGCAUUAGAAGAGGGAAAACAGGAAUUAAUCUUAAGACUACAAAAAAAUGAAGGACUACAAAAAAACAAAGGACUAGAAAACGAAGUCUUAACUUUUUGUCACAAAGCUGAACAGCUAGAGCAAAGAAUUUUUUACAAAAAUUCAAUAUUUUAA